CGAUGUUGUCCAGAAGCAGCCGUUAAAGAAUGUUAUAUGCGUAUAGUCGACAGUUUGCGCGGUAGAAACCCGAAACUCAUUAGCGACAUGAAUUUGUUCGUACGAGAACUGCACCGGAUCACCCUGCUGCGCGAAGAGAUAUGGCUUGCGGCACUCAGCAACAUGCAGAAUGAAGUCACCAAGCGGUUUAAGCUGCUAGAAGAAAGCAUACGAUCUACUGAACAGAACGAGUCGUUGACCACCGAUGAAAAAGCUCACAUUAUUAGCGAGAAAAGGGAGAUCUUGCUGAUCACUUUACUGCAGCGCAAUAACAGAAAAAACAACUGGAUUCUUCGCAUGAAGCAGAUUAGUCCGCUACUGGCCGAGCUGCGAAACACAGAUAUCCCCAUUCCGGGCAUCGGUGGCAGCGACACUCCAGUCACCAUAUAUGGCAUUGAUGAGGGCACGACGAUUCUGCCGACGAAGACCAGACCGAAGAAGCUAAGUUUCAUCGGCAAUGAUGGCAAAAAGUACUUUUAUCUGUUGAAAGGUUUGGAAGACUUGCAUCUGGACGAAAGAAUCAUGCAGUUUCUGAACACGUGCAACAUUCUUUUUGAAAAACAGCUUAAGUCUGGACGGCAGAUGCAGUACUUCGCUCGCAGUUACUCCGUUACACCAUUAGGACAUAGGUCGGGUCUCAUUCAGUGGGUGGAAAAUUCGGUGCCUAUGUUCAGCCUGUACAAGAAGUGGCAACUGCGAGAGAACAUCAAAGACCUGGAAAACCGUAGCAAAUGGCCUCCUCUAGUUUUGAAAGAAGUUUUGCUUGAACUGAUGAACGAGACUCCAAAGAAUUUAUUGGCUAAGGAAUUGUGGUGCACGAGCCUCAACUGCGAUGAAUGGUGGUCAGCCACCCAGCGAUUCUCGAAGUCUACGGCCGUUAUUUCUGUAAUCGGUUAUCUGAUUGGCCUUGGUGACCGUCAUCUGGACAACGUUCUCGUUGAUUUGCGAACCGGCGAAGUGGUUCAUAUCGACUAUAACGUAUGCUUCGAAAAGGGAAAACACCUUCGUGUUCCAGAGACCGUUCCUUUUCGAAUGACACAAAACAUCGAAAGUGCACUCGGAGUCACAGGCAUUGAGGGCGAGUUCCGUUUAUCCUGCGAAAAGGUUAUGGAAAUUCUCAGGAAAGGUCAGGAAGCAUUGCUAACUUUAUUGGAAACGUUUGUUUAUGAUCCGUUGGUUGACUGGACAACCACACACGAAACAGCGGUUACUAAUCUAAUUGGUUACGGAGUACUAUUUUUGCUGUACGAUGAUUCGAGGUUAGUCUUGGUAAAUUUGAAGAUUUCGAUGACCGCGUCGGACACUGUCUCGAAUGUUCGCAAUCCUGCGCUAGCGCGUGAGCUUCGGCAGCAGCUAACCUGA